CAACAUUUAUAUAUAAGAAACUGAUAUAAGAAUCAACAAUCAGCAGUGAACCAAGCUCUUAAAAGGGGUUAUGGCUUUGGCUUUCCAAAGAGAAGAAAUGAGUAUCUUAGAUAACAAGACAUUGGCAAUAGUGUUGUUUAUAUUGCAUCUUCUCUUAGCAGUUCUCUUGUUCCCUCUUUACAUGCAACCAGAGCCCCCUGUGGUAGCUCUAUGCUUAGGUGUCAUCCCUUGCUUUGUCUUGGUUUAUGCCACUAUCAUUUGGCGAGCCGGUACUGACAUGCAAAAGGGCUAUUUGUCACUAUUUGAGAGUGAACUCAGUGAAGAAAAACUAUGUUGAAUUGUUGAUUAGUAUUUGACAGUUUGAGAAAUUUGCACUAUUCUAUCUUCAAGUAGAUGAAACUUUGCUCAAGUAGAUAGUUGCGGAUAGAUAAGAUAUUAUAUUGUAUGGAGAGCUUUGUAGAGAGUCAAGCUUAUGUGAGGGGUGUUUUUAUUCACCAUCUCAUCCUUUUGUGGUAGUUAUCACUUUGCAGUGAAUAAUUUACUUGUACUUCUUCAAGGUUGGUUGUUUUUGUUUUUGGCAUUUGAGCAUGAAUUUGGAGGUUACAAUUGACAUAAACUUCUUAGUAUAGAAUCUAGUUAAUUAGUAGUUACAACAUAGGGCAUGUUUGCUCCAUUCGCUUCUGUUCUUACCGGAGAUCGGUCCUAGAGACGAUCUGCUGGGCAAGAUUGGUGAGCCUCCUUCGUUGGGUACACUUGUUGUUCCAGAGCGGGGGUGGUACCUGCAAAAGAGACUCUGAUGCUAAAGUUAGUGUUUGUGGAUGUGUGGGUCUCGUAUAAGUAAUGCACGUACCUUUGUGUGAAUUAGGGUUUCUCUGGGUCUUGGGCCCGAGAUCAAUUACGGUCUGCUCAGAUAAUGGGCCUUUGUCUUGGCCGAUGUUGUAUAGCGCGCGUCCGAUGUCAAUCUGUGCUGUGAUACCGAGCUCGAGCUCGGUUUCGCGGUACGGAUAGUACACUAGCCCCCCGAGCUCUGAAGACUGCGAGUCGAAGAGUUAAUACCGAGCUCGGUGAAGUGGCGUGACUUUUCGCGUACGCUCCUCUGUCAAGGUGCCAAGUGUCAUAACCGUCACCUCGUUCUCCAAAGCGUGCGGGCAGCGUGUUAAUGGGCACUGACGGUUUUGCAAUAAUAGUUGUACCCAUCAUAAUGGGCUUCAUUUAAUGUCCAUUAUUUUUGUCGUUUCUCUGCCCGUGCCAUGUCCGUUCACGUUUCCGUUUGAAAUUUGGAGACUUCUUUUCUUUCUCCCUUUCGCGCUUCCUCUCAUAUUCACUUUACCCUUUCUUCUUUGGCGUGCUCUCGACGCUUCCACCUUCCAUGCUCAUUCUUUGUCUUCUAUCUUUCUUGUCCCCGUCGUCGCCGUUGCCGAAAAUCGGGUCUUCGACGGCAAUCAGGUCCCCGUAUUUCAUCACUGUUCUGUCACUACCAAAGGAGUAUCAGGUACUUCGUUCUCUCUGCUUUCUCUUCUCGUUCUUUCUCUCCGUCGGUCUCUCUUUUCUUCUUUCUUCGUCUUCCUCCUUUUUGUAGCCUUUUCUAUUCUUGAUGGUUGGUAAUAGUGGUGUCGCAUCUUCUACGCCGGCCAAGGACAAGGAAAAGGCGCACGACAAAGCGGUGGCCAACGAGACGGCUGCCGCUGAAAAGAAAAGGGGUGGGAAAAACCCUAAAGAUUCCCACCCCGCCAUCACCGUCCCGGGCUACGAGUGGGUCCGAGGGGACCUCGGAGAGUUUCAGAGUGUCUUUAAAUCGUUUCUUGAGGUCAAUGCGAUGUGGAAAUCGCAUAGGAUCUGCCAAGGAUCCAUUUCCAAUCUCAUCCGGCUCGAGCCUUGCCAGCCCGGCGAGCGUGUGUACAUGCGGGGUACCUCGAAUCCCCCCUUUUUCUAUGUGUACCAGUGUUUUUUUAGGGAUUUAGGUGUAUGCCUACCCUUCACUCAGUUCGAGUGUGAUUUUUUGAAUUUUAUCAAUGCGGCUCCUUGCUAGCUGCACCCUAAUAGUUGGGGUUUUUUGAGGGCUUUUCAAGUCCUGUGCUCCACCCUGGGGAUAGGGUUGUCACUGCCCGCGUUUCUCCAUUUUUACCAGUUGAAGUUGGGUGACCCUCCCCUAGGGUGGGUGUCGUUGAACGGGAGUAAGGCUUGGGGAUUAUUCUCGCUUUACUCCAAUUUGUAUAAGGGCUUCAAACAGGAGUUCUUCCGAGUUUUGCCUAAGGAGGUCAACCCGUUAAAAGAUGAGGUGUUCCACUUCGGCGGGGAGGUUCCCCUUUACUGGUAGCAGGAUCCGAUCAAGUUCAACGGGUCAGCCAAUCUUCAGUUGAGGACCUCGAAUACUGCUGUCAUUACUGAUUUGACCGUGCUUCCUCGUCUUUUGGAUUGCAAGCUCGUUCUGUCGCUUGCUAAUUCGGCAUACAAUGAGAGGGGUUUAGAGAGUAUAAUGGGAAAGAGCAAGUGGUGUGAGCUGAAGUCCCGCUACAAUGUGGCUGAGAUCGAGGUCCCCGAGCCUCUGGAGGAGGAGGUUGCUCCUCUUGAAACUCGCAAGAAAAGAAAAAGGGGAGGGAAGGAGGUCAGGGGGACCUCCGCCCCUCGUGACGUUGAAGAGGUGACUUCGAAGGCUGUUGAUGCCGACACGGUCGACCUAACUAGAAGUCCUCCUCCUGAGGGAUCAUCCCGAGCUGCUGUGGAGGAGGUUGCUCAUGAGGCCCAGGUGGGGUCUGUGUCGACUACCACCGAGGCUCGAGUGGAGCCAAGCUCGGAGGCACCAAGGCCGGAUGCUUUAGUUGCUGCGCAGGUGGCGCCUUCCUCAACUCCCGCCGAAACCCGUGGAGGGGGUCCAAGCUCUAGGUUGCCGUCUCUGACCCCGGGGGCCGCCGUGCCGCCUCCACCUCCGCCAGGGGCUCCAAAGGGGAAGUGCAUCGUACAGAGCUUCGACACUACUCGCCCCCUAGCGAGGUUGGACCAUGUGAGCAUGUCGUCAGACGUGGACUCCAUGUGGAGCUCGGGGGUGACUGCUGAGCAAUUCUACCCGCGAGGUUCUCUCCACCAGGCCGACAAGGCGAUCCUCGAGAAGGUCGGGGCAGUGGAGGGCUUAGACUUUGCGGAGGUCUUCAUACAGAGGUCGAUCACGAUCGUGGAUCACUGGAAACACAAGUGGUCGAGGUUGUAAGGGGAGCUAGAGAGCGCCAGGAGCCGAAUCCAGCCUUUGGAAGAGGAGAACAAGGUAGGGGCCGCUCUCGACGAGGCCAAGAGGUAGAACGAGGCUGAGCUGCAAGCCACAAGGAGGGAUCUCGCAAGGGCUCAGAAGUCUUUUGAGAUCGCCUUGAGGGCUAAUGAGGUCUACGCUGCCCAGGUUGGCUAGCUUCAGGAGGUCUCUACUUUUGCCCGAGGACGGGUGCGUUCCUUGGAGGACGAGGUUACGGCUCUGAAGGCUGAACUAGAGGAAGCGGAUGAGAGGCGUCUCUGUGACGAGGUGCUUCUUGGUGGCAAGGAAGAGGAGGCCAAUGCCUUGAGAGCAGAUCUUGAUAAGCUAGUCGCGUCUAAGGCGGAGCUAGAGAGAAAGCUCGUCGAGACUGAGCGAGCUAUUUUGUUUGAGCAUAAGAAGGGCUUUGUCAAGACAGCUGGUCAGGCGAGGUUUCUUGCACCUGGGGUUGACCUUUCUGCCAUGCAUGUGGAGAAGGAGGUGCAAGCUGGGAGGCUCGUAAAAGAAGACGACCUUACUGACAGCUUGAGUGAGAACACGACUGCUUAGGCCGCGGUUUUGUAAUGACUUAGUUUAUUUCGUUCAUUUUUCUUUCUCUCUGAACUUCUUCUUUGUAUUGGUGAACUUGUUGUGUACAUAAUUUGCUUAUUUGC